CCUUCCCAGACGAUUCUGCUAGUCCUCACCGCGGGAUUUCCCCUUUCCCUGCAUUCCCUCGCCUCCUCGCCGCACCUAGGGUUUCCUAAACCCUAACCACACAUGGCGAGCGGCGGGGCGGCCACCUCCACCCCCGCCGCCGCCACCGGAGGCACCAGCAAGACCGUCUCUGCGUCGCUUUGGUGGGACUCCUUCGUCGUCCUUUCCGACGACCUGGACCGCGCCGCCGCCGGUCCCUCCGUCCCGGACGCUCUCGCGAAGCGGAUCAAGAGCCACCACGCAUGGCUCCUUCGGUCGGUCUCCAUGUUCGGGAAGCCGAACGAGGCGUCGAGGAGCGCGCUGGAUGCCAGCGAGGUCGCCGUGGGGGAGCACCGCCUGGCUGUCAAGCCCGAGCUCAUGGAGGCUGCGCUUCGUGUGAGCAAGUGCCUGAACUUGGAUGAGGUGCAGUCAUACAUUCUAGUCAAGCGAUCCUCAGAAAUCUCUCCAACAGUUCAUGAUGCUGAUGCUGACGAGUUUCUUCAUCUGGUAUCUGUACAAUACUACCUUGAGCGUCAAUGCUUACUGAAGUGCAUCAGAAGAAUCUUUGUUCAUGCAACCCACACAGGUGAUGGGUCUGAUUCAACUGAUGCCAUUCAGGACGAGGCUUCACUAUUGAUCAGUGAAGAGGUAGAAAGGAAAUUGAUAUCCGUCAUUGAAGAUUCCUUCUCUGCUGCAUCUUCUGUAAGAGCGGAAGCAGAAUUUACAGUUUCUAGUCUGGAAGAAACUUUGAUUGAAGUUAACUUGAUCCUUGACAUAUUGUUUCUUGCUUUCUAUGAUAACUUCUCAAGAUGUAAUGGUGGAUUGUGGAUAAGUUUGUGUUCCCUUUUCAAGGACAUUCUCUGUGGUUCUUAUGAUGUUGGGAAAUUUGCUGUAUCUGUUGAGGCAAAGAAUUCGUUUCAUUAUGCUAAAGCUCAGCUUCUUCUCAUUCUUAUUGAAACUUUGGACUUUGAAAAUCUUCUCAGAAUGAUUCGGGAUGAAGUUCCUCUCAGUGUGGGGUGUUCUACAUUUUCUGUUGGUGAUAUUCUUGAGAUGGAUGUUGAAAUAUCAAAAAUUCCUGAAUUUUUAAUGGUAGAAUCAGGACCACUUGUACUCGCUUGGGCAGUUUUUCUGUGCCUAGUUCUGUCUCUUCCAGAAAGUAAUGCCAACUUGGAAAUUGAUCAUACACUGUAUGCCCGACGGGCUUUUGAGUUUGCACCAUUCAAUUAUUUACUAGGAGUUCUUUGCUCAAGCAUCUUCCGGGAGUCAGAUGGUCCUGUUUCUGGUUAUCGAGGUAUAUUGCGAACAUUUAUUUCAGCAUUCAUUGCUUCAUAUGAGAUAUCUCAGGCAGAAGACAGUUCUCUUGACAUGAUUUCAAGUAUUUUAUAUGAAGUUUAUGAUGGAGAGGAAUCUCUCUGCAUGCAGUUUUGGGAUAAAAAUAGUUUUGUUGAUGGUCCAAUUAGGUCUGUUCUUCAUAUGGUGGAAAAGGAGUAUCCUUUUCAAAUAUCAGAGCUGGUCCGCUUCUUAUCAGCUGUUUGCCAUGGGACCUGGCCUGCUCAAUGUGUAUACAACUAUCUUGAGAGAAUGAAUGGAGUUACAACAAUCUAUGCCAUCCCUGGUCAUGUCGCAGAAAAUGUGAAUUACGGCCAUCAAAUUGAAAGUCAUCAUCCAGUUAGCAUUCCUGGUAUUGAAGGCAUUAAGGUUCCAUGUGGAACCAAUGGUUACAUUUUGAAAGUUCUUCAAGGGGAUGCUGUAUUAGUUCGCUGGGAGUUCCCGCAUUCUGGGGUAUUCCUUUUGCUCGUAACUUUGGCCCAAGAGCUCCAUUCAUGCAAUUACAAGGAGGCAUCUGACAUCAUGGACCUACUUUAUCGUAUGGUAUCAUCAAAUAAGGACUUGUGCUUCGCUUUGUUGCAUGUUGACAAGUCACCGGCUGUACAAAAAUCAAAGAACUUGGGGCAACUUGAAAAUCAUGUCAGGAUUGAUAUUGCUAAGAUAUUUUGCAAUUCCAUUUUCAAAUAUGUGCAAGAUGUUAAUAAUGCCGACAUAUUGUCCAAAACCCUAGGUCUGCUAGCAGAAAUGAUCAAAUGUGCUCCAUAUCACGUGUUUGAUGCGGCGUUUGAGUGCAACAUCUUCACUUCACAAUUAAAUGGUCCAUCAAGUGAUUGGUUACUUUCCGGAGCCCUAGCUAGAAUGCUUUUUGCUGCCUCGGAGGGAAAUGGAGAUUGUUCUUUACUUACAACUUCAGUGCUUGAUUUUGCCACUCAGGUUCUUCGGAAAGGAGCUGCUGCUGAUGAUAUAAUAUCGCCUUUAAUUGUUUUCUCAAUUCAGUACAUCAUGGUUAAUCAUAUGAACUGGAAAUACAAGAAAUAUAGUCGUUGGAAGACAACCCUUCGGGUGUUUGAAUUGGUGAAAACCUGUAUUCAUGUGAAACCAUUCUCAUCAAAGCUUGGUGGCAUCAUUUGGGAAAUUCUGUUAUAUGAUUCUUCUGUCCACAGUGUACUUUGGAGCAUAUUAUCUUUGGCAACACAACUACUGGAACAUUCAUAUAGACGCAAUUAUCAUGGCCUUAAGGAUAUUGAAGAUAUCGAGCUUGUCCUUUGCAAUGGACUUGAUAUUAUAUAUUACAUCCUGUCCAAAUUACCAGAGGAUUUACUGCCUUAUCCACCAUUUGUUACUAUGGUUUUGUCAUCAUCGUUGAAGCCAUUUACUUUGAUAACAGCUCUAACAUCAUUAUUGUCCUUCCGUAAUUCUGAUAUACAAGUAGCUGCCGCUAGAGCAUUAUCAGUAUUGUGUCUCAUUGCGUAUAAAGCGCAGCCUCAAUUGAUGGAGAAUGUCAGCUUUACUGGUGAUGUUUCUGAGAUUCAGAGAUUGCAAGCAACUAUAUCUUCCAUUCUUGAUGAGGAAGAGAAAACUAAUGAUUGUUUGGUUGUGGCUGUAUUCAACCUUUUGACGUCUGCUGCUCGUUAUCAGCCUGCUUUUCUUAAUUCCUUGAUGGAGCAGAGUAUGAAGUCAACUGAUCAUAAUUCUUCCACCAAUAAUCAGAACGAUGGAUCUUCAGUUCUUACUUCAAAAAGUAAUGCUGGACUUGUUGAUCAAAUCUUGGACUAUAUUGUGAGGUCCAUUGAGCUCAUGAAUAGAUCUCCUUCCGUGUUACUUAGUAUUCUUGACUUACUCAAGGCCUUAUGGGAAAGUGGUAUUCAAUUUUUAUUCGUAUUGGAGAAGCUGAGAAGCUCGAUAACAUUCUGGGAUAAUUUAUCAAGGUGUAUUCGUGCUACACUUGAUAUCUGCCCAGUUGACUGUAUUGCUGCUGUUGAUGAGAACUUUUCAUUGAGGUACCACUGUCAAGGUAAAAUUUUCGAAAUUAUGUCACAUGAGUUGUUCUUGCAAGGAAAAUUGCUUGCAGAGACUUCUAAUCCUGCCCCAAAUGGUUCGAAGGGGCAAAAAGAGCACAGUGCACCUUGUCGAAGCAGUGUAGUCUUGAAAUGGUUUGAUACUGCUAUUUUGGAUGAUCUGAUCAGUCAUUUGUCAAGUAAUGCAUACAAUAAGAAACUUCUUCAUCGUGCUAAGGUGGCUGCCUGCCUUUGUACCAUCCAUCUAAUAACAAAGUUAUCAACUGGUGAUACUGGAAGCUUGUCUUUCUCAGUGGUUAAGAAGAUUCAGAUCAUAUCAACAAAAUUGUCACAGCACCAUUCAUUCUCAGCUCUCCAGUCGCAAUAUUGUCAGCAUGGAUACAGCGGUGAACAAGAACUUAAUAAUUUGAUUAUCAAUGAUCUUUACCAUCACAUUCGUGGAGAACUUGAAGGUCGUCAGAUUAGCUCUGGUCCUUUUCAGGAGCUGCUUAGUUUCCUUCUUGAGUUUAAACUUUUUGAACACGAUCCCUUGGAGCAACUACAGAACACUUGCCCAGUGGCAAAUGCCAACUUUUUGUUCAACGUUGAACACAUACAUGACGAGCUUGGGGUUGAUCUUUGGAUUAGUUCGGACCGUAAGAGCUCUAAAGAAGUAGCUGAAGAAAUGCUGGAUAUUAUGCAUAAAUCAAAUCUGAUGAAAUGUUAUGCUGACGCAAAGCUUUCUACAUUGAAAUCCUUCUUGACAUUUUUAUCUGUCUACACAGGAGCGAGCUCCAACAAAAACUUGGACUUGCCUGAUGGAGGGAUUUCAACAGCAACCACACAAUCAGCAGUUAAGUGUGCAUGCAAAUCAUUCCAGUCAACCGUAGAUUCACUACUUCCUCAAGUUGAUACAAAUGAGGUUUUGUUUCCCCUCUUAUCUGGGCAAGUGGAAUUGUUGCUUACUCUUGCCCGGAUAUUAUUUGAUCAAGCAAAGCAAAAUAAGAAAUCAAGCCAUCUCUAUCCAGAUAUUGUACUUCUAAUGAAAACUUCAGUUGCGAGCACUUCUUUUUUGGUUGAUCUCUUGUCAUCCACUCAUGCUCUUAAGCAACCAGUGAAGGCCCUCCUUGUUCUGCUUUUGUCUUCAUAUGAGUUCAUGUACAGCAAGGUUGACAUAAAAGACCUACCAGACAAUGUUAACAUCUUUGGUGAAUUAGCUGUUUUAAGUGUGAGUUUGCUUCCUGUGCUGUGCAAAUUGGCAGAGAAUAGGGAAUUCUCUGAUCUUGCUGUUGCAUCGAUGGACUUAAUAUUGAAGGGGUUUGUACCUUCUGAAGUAUGUGUGCCUAUUCUACAAAAGCAUUUUCAUCUCCAGGCUAUACUGCAUAGAUGCCAACAUGGUGGUUUAUUGUCUACUCAAGUUAUACUGAAUUUUCUUUUGACCUUGGGGCGAACAAAGGAUGGUGCUACAGUUCUUCAGUCUGCCAAUAUUUUUGCCUUCUUAAAAGUACUUUUAAGUCAGUUGUCUCUGGAUGACUCCUGUUUGAGAAAUUCCUUGAGCGCCCAAGUGAAGGAUGUGAAUCAAUGGGGUUUGGGUCUUGCUAUUGUUGCGUCAUUGAACCAUUGUUUGGAUGAUGAUAUUUCUCGUAACAAUGUUGCGAACAGUACUAUCAGCUUCCUUUCAGGACAGGUGCCUUUGAUGUCAUCAUAUCUAUCCGCACAGAGUGUUACUGCUCAUCAGAACAAGAAACGGGCAUUGUCGCAGAAGUCACAGACGUCACUUUCAACCCUCAGUCUUACUGAGAAUAUUCUCAUACUUCUCUGUAUUUUGGCAAAAUAUCAUUUUCCACGGGACACUGGAAAAAAGGAAGUAGAUUCAGAACUAAGAGAGAUUAUUAUCCACCUGCUAGCAUUUGUAAGCAAAGGAAGUGUAAAGGCUAGCAGUUCCUCUAAUUGGAACUCGUCUUUUUUCUGCCCUGCUGUUGUCAAAGAGGAACUAGCACUUAAUGAGAAACCACCACAUAUUCGUAGCAAGCAUGGAUGGUUCAAAUUUGCUGCAAGUUGUACUUUGUCAACUUCAGGUGCUUCAGUUUCUGCCAGUACAGCAUUACCUCUAGUGAUCAGAGACAAGAGUUCAGGAGAUUCUGAUUCUGUAAGGCAAACUCGCUUUACUGAGAUGUUAGCUGUUCAGAUUUACAGAAUAGCUUUUCUUAUUAUGAAGUUCCUCUGUAGUCAAGCAAAAGAAGCAGUAAAAAGGGCAGAAGAACUGGAGUUUCUUGACCUUGCUCAUUUUCCUGAGCUUCCCAUGCCAGAUAUUCUUCACGGACUACAGGAUCAAGUGGUUUCUAUAGUCACUGAAGUGUUUGAGGCAAAUGGGUCAAGCACUCUAAAUCCUGAGACAGAGAGGGUAUGCCACCUUCUCUUGGUGACACUUGAAAUGUCACUUUACAUGGAACUAUGUGUAUCCCAAUCUUGUGGCAUCAGGCCAGUGCUCGGUCGGUUUGAAGAUUUCUGCAAGGGAAUUAAGGCUAUGCUUCAAGCUAUAGAGAAGCACUCCAGUUUUAAAGCACUGGCCAGGUCGCUAACUCAAAUUACUACUCUUUUGUAUCCCGGGCUCGUGCAAACUAACCUUUUCAUGUAAUUCUUGUAAAUUGUAUCUCUGUUAAUGAAAUGUGUUGGCUGCCUUCCAUAGGAGUUGUGUACUCAGUUAACUUGAUAACGUGUUCAAUCAAUGUUGUUCCGUGUGAAACUCGACAUAAGCCUCUAGCAUGUUUAAGCUGUCCUGUAGACCCAUGUUGCGUGAGCACGUACAUGUUUCGCAAGGCGAGGACUUUGUACUAAAGAAAAACCGUUUGUAUAUGUAUGUAUGGUCACCAGGGCCUCACAUGUUACUGUCACCAAA